AAUCUAACCAUUCUCAGUCUUAAGCCAAAUGGAAAUUGGGUAUGAGCCUCGUGGUUUACAACAAGUUCUAUACAUUGCUGGUUCGUUGUUUGUGGCCGUCUUUCUUUACUUUGUUCUAAGAAUUUUGUAUGGACUGUCAACUUUCCCUGAUCGGCCUGACGCGUUCGCUGAGUUGGAGAAAGAUUUAGCCAAGGCAAAAAAGUUUUUGCGUUCGAAAGGUGUAGAAGUGUAGAAAUCAUUUGUAUAUUAGUUGAACUUGUGUUGAGGAAUCAACAUAGGAAAAUAUUCCUAUUCAGAGAUGGAGUUUGAAAGUUCAUAUGGACUUGUGUUCUGUUAGUUGAGUGAGUCUUGUGAUUUCACUGUAAAUGCGAAACUUUAAAAGCUUUAGUCAUAGUGGAUGGAGAACUUCAGUCAAAGUCCGUAACCACAGUGCUUUCGAUGUAACUGCCUUUUGAAUAGAUAUUGGAAAAGUCUUCAUAUUUAGACCAUCCACACGUUAGUUUUCUUCGAAGCUUUCUGAAACAUAUGAUGUUGCAAACGUAGAUUGGAAGCCAACAAGUGAAAGUCACCUUUCUCUAUCUCUUCGUAGUUUUCUCACAAGCCUUCUGAAUAGCCUUUUCGGAACUCGAUGAAUGGUUAGAUCAAUGACUGUAUGCUGUUCUUGAUUAUAAGUUGUACGAGUAGCGUUCACUUGCAUGUUUCUUACUAAGCACCUUUCGAGUUAUCUCGUUAACUAUACAAAAUAUUAGACUAGCAAGGGAACGCUUGUGUUCCGAACCAAAGUAAUCAGAAACCCGCUUUAAAAUAGCUGAUAGGAAAAACAAAAUAAUAAACUCAAAGAUCUCUUUCUUUUGAGGUUCAACUGUUAACCAACUUUCUCCACAGUUCUGGUUUGCUCUUGGAGCAAUUUUUUUCUGUAAAA